GGUCAUCUGGCUCGACAGCUGGCAUCGGGUCAUCAGGCACGACAGUGGGCAUCGGGUCAUCAAGCAAGACAGCGGGCAUCGGGUCAUCAGGCAUCAGGUCAUCUGGCUCGACAGCGGCUACCGGGUCAUCUGGUUCGACAGCGGCAUCGGGUCACCAGGUAUUGGAUCGUCUGGCUCGACAGCGGGCAUUGGGUCACCAGGCACUGGAUUGCCUGGCUCGACAGCAGGUACCGGGUCAUCGGGAAUUGGAUCGUCUGGCUCGACAGCGGGCAUCGGGUCACCAGGCAUCAGGACAUCUGGCUCGACAGCUGGCAUCGGGUCAUCAGGCACGACAGUGGGCAUCGGGUCACCAGGCAUCAGGUCAUCUGGCUCGACAGCGGGCACCGAGUCACCUGGCAUAAUAGAAUCAUUAGGCUGGAUCAGUUCAUCAGGCUGGACGGCAGGCUGACCGGUUUGGAUACUGGCAGGAUGGUACUGGUUGGAAAG